AUGGGCACUUGGACACUCCUAUUUCUCUUGGGCCUCUGCGCCAGAGUUCUUUCUUCUCAAGUUCCUCAAAGCUACAUCAUAGGCUUGAGAGAUGGUCAUUCGCUCGAGGACCACCUUGCUUCUCUCGGGAACGACAUCGAUGUCGAACAGCGAAUAUCACAGAUCAACGGAUACGCGAUACCAGUCUCUGAGACCAACAACGAUGCUUUGUCCAAAAUUCGCCGAGAUAGCCGCGUUGGAUUUGUGGUCGAGAAACCUCGUGGGUUCUUCUCUCAAGACGGGCACGUUGGGCUUGAGAACGAUGAUCUUACAGACUAUCUGGAGCAGAGAAUGUGGUUGACACUGCAAGAUCAAGACCCUGAGGUCCCUGUCACUGACGACGAUUCUGCUUUAAUACCCUUGACCUGGAGAGUUCAAUUUGUGGACGGCAACGCGAUGGACCGGCAGAUCUCAAAGAUCGGAAACGAUAUCACGAUCUUUGACGUCUUAUCAUAUAUUUCAGAUGCAAUCAUCGAUGAGCUCUAUGCCGCUCGCAUUGUCCACUCGCAUCUAAAUGCGACUACCAGAACUACUUUUCACUACGGGCCCUCUCGCGCAAUCAUGGCUGCAGGUAUUGAAGCCGUAGAGACGCAAGGAUUAGCCAAGAUUGACGAAGUUACCCACAGAAGAGUCCUUGUCGACCUGCUCUCACUGGACAAGAUUGCAGUUUCCCGAACGUUGUGCAUCUCCAUAACCAUGAUUGUAGCAAUCCUUAGCAUAACUAACGGCAGGAUUAUAAAUGCAUGA